GGACGCAGCGCAGAGCGAUCCACCGCGGAGCCGCGCGAGGCCGCCCGAGCCCCGGCCCCGGCCCCGGCCCCGGCCCCGGCCCAGAGCCCCGAGCGAAAGCCGCUGCCUCGCACCGCGGGUCCCCGGACGCGUCGCCACCGCCGGGAAGGCACCCGGCGCCGGGCAAGUUGCGAGCGCGUCCCUCCGCCCGGGAAAGUUUCCCCCCGGCAGCCGGCGGGAGUUGGCUCGGGGUCCGGCCGCCGCCGCUGGAAGAGUGUAUCUGAAAGCUGCUGUCAGGAGGACACUGUAGGAGAAUCUUGGCAUCCCUGGGCCCAAAGGGAAAGACACCUGUGGAAAGAGGUGAGCAUCUCCCAGACAGCCUCAAGCUUCAGGUGAGCUGAGCUUCUAACACUGCUACAAAGCAACUGGAACCCCUUGAAUUUGAUUUCUGGAGACGCAGGCAUAAUCCUUUUGCAGACGUCUCAACGCUGGCUCUCCAGGUGGAACAUCAUGGAAGGCGACUGUCUGAGCUGCAUGAAGUAUCUGAUGUUUGUUUUCAAUUUCUUCAUAUUUCAGCUGGGCGGGGCCUGCCUGCUGGCCAUCGGCAUCUGGGUCAUGGUGGACCCCACCGGCUUCCGGGAGAUCGUGGCUGCCAACCCCCUGCUCCUCACGGGCGCCUACAUCCUCCUGGCCAUGGGGGGCCUGCUCUUUCUGCUCGGCUUCCUGGGCUGCUGCGGGGCCGUCCGUGAGAACAAGUGUCUGCUGCUAUUUUUCUUCCUGUUCAUCCUGAUCAUCUUCUUGGCGGAGCUCUCAGCAGCCAUCCUGGCCUUCAUCUUCAGGGAAAAUCUCACCCGAGAAUUCUUCACCAAGGAGCUCAGCAAGCACUACCAGGGCAAUAACGACACGGACGUCUUCUCCGCCACCUGGAACUCUGUCAUGAUCACAUUUGGUUGCUGCGGGGUCAAUGGGCCUGAAGACUUUAAGUAUGCAUCUGUGUUUCGACUCCUGACCCUGGACAGUGAAGAGGUGCCGGAGGCCUGCUGCCGGAGGGAACCCCAGAGUCGGGACGGGGUCCUGCUGAGCCGGGAGGAGUGCCUCCUGGGAAGGAGCCUCUUCCUAAAUAAGCAGGGCUGUUAUACGGUGAUCCUCAACACCUUUGAAACGUACGUCUACCUGGCCGGAGCGCUUGCCAUCGGGGUACUGGCCAUCGAGCUUUUCGCCAUGAUCUUCGCGAUGUGCCUCUUCCGGGGCAUCCAGUAGAGGGUGUGGCCUGAAGCUUGAAGACUCACCCUGCCCACCACUGCCCAGCACCCGAUGCCCUCCCCUGCCCCUCUCUGCUGUCUUCUUGGCCCCAGAGGAGAAGAUGAGGCCAUCAUAGAUGGUCAGGAGAAGGGGCCAGGGGAAUAAAGCUAUUUUUUUAACAAAACAAAAUGAAUACAAAAAUAUGGACUGAGGUAUCCUCACCUGGAGUCGGGGCAGAUGCUGUGGACUCUCCACAGAGACCCCAGCGCCUGGCCCAGGAUGGAGGCUGCUCUAGAGACCAAAGGAACACCAGGCCCCGUGCCCUCCUUGGUCCAGCCAGACCCUGGCCCCUCCCUCCUCACUGCUCCAGGACCUGAUACCAAGGAAGUGAGGAUUUAGGCAACAGGGAAGGAGGCAAAAGCCAAUCUCCGAGAGGUCAUCAAAGCCCAGGGGGCCCCACGGAGACUCAGCUGCCAUGGAUUGUCCCCGCUUCAGGUCAAGGCCAAGAGUAAGCUGCUGACACAACAUUCAAGAAUGGCCCAGCUGGCAGGAUGUCUGCUUUCCCCUCUGUUGGACUAAAAAAUCUCAAAGGCCCAGAGAGGGGCAGUGACCCAUCCACAGACACAGCACAGGCGUGUGACGGUUCUGAAAAGCAGCUGAGAUGUCUCCAGGCUGCUGUCACGGCAUCCAGGACUGUCAGUUCUGCUGUGCACAUGCAUGCCUGGCCUCAGCAUCCCGGUUCCCCCAGACAAGAGAGGGCAAGCUGGCCAGAACUGCCUCCUCCCUUCUCUACAGCUAAGAAAACUCCACUCCUUGACUUCCCACUGCACCCUCCCUCCCACCUCCCCACAGCUCUAAAUCCCCAGGAACACACACAAGGGUGCACAUCACACCCCCUUGUCCACACUGCCCACCUCUCCCCACAGGGAAGGCCACCCCCUUCCCUGCCCUUCCCCAACUCCCCAGCUCCCAGAGUGGAAGAAAUUCCCAAGGCCAUCUGGGUCUCCCUCUCCCCAUCCAGAACGGAGGCUUGGAGAUCCUUCUUCAAGGUCCUGGCCAAGACUUCUUCACCCCCUCGCAUACCUCUAGGACAGAGCUUCCUACCUCCCAAGGCAGCCUCCUGCCUUUGGACUACUCUGACUUGAGCAUCAACUUAAUAUACAGAAGAGAUUUCUGUUUUUGUGUGCUCCAUCCACGGCAUCCCACUCACCUGCUCUCCUUCCUGGAGUGUUAAGGUCACACAUCGACUCCCCUGAGCCCUCUUCUCUCCAAGCUAAAGGCAUCGAGGCCAUUUCUGCUGCAACAGGCUUCCUGUCUCCUCA